UAUGUUUGUGGGCAGGGAGUAGUGGGAAGUGGAAAUUUACAGUCUUCUACGUUGGUACCUGAGUUGUCUGUCACAGCGAGGCUGCGUCCAAUCUCCACAUUGGAUUUAAUUGUCUUUAGCCAGGGGGGCGGGCACUGCUGUCAGCUCCACUUCUUGUGACCCUUGUCGGCAUAAAGGCAUUCAGUACAGAGGAAUGGUGACAGCUGAGAGAGAGGGACACUAUACAUAGUCGCAGCCAUGAAGGAAAUCAUGGCACAAAAAGAGAAGCUCCAAUGCCUGAAGGACUUUCACAAGGACACCCUGAAACCUUCACCAGGGAAGAGCCCAGGCACACGGCCCGAGGACGAGGCUGAGGGCAAGGCUCCUCAGAGGGAGAAGUGGGCUAGUAAGCUCGACUUUGUCCUGUCCGUGGCCGGUGGCUUCGUCGGAUUAGGAAACGUCUGGCGGUUCCCUUACCUUUGUUAUAAAAAUGGUGGAGGCGCGUUUCUCAUCCCUUACUUCAUCUUCCUGUUUGGUGGUGGCCUGCCCGUGUUCUUCCUGGAGGUUGCGCUGGGCCAGUACACCUCUGAGGGAGGGAUCACCUGCUGGGCCAAGCUCUGCCCCAUCUUCACCGGUAUUGGGUACGCCUCUAUCGUGAUCGUAUCUCUACUUAACAUCUACUACAUCGUGAUCUUGGCCUGGGGUCUCUACUACCUGUUUCAGUGCUUUCAGCCGGAGCUCCCCUGGGCAAAAUGCAAGCAGCCCUGGAACACAGAGCACUGUGUGGAGGACACAGUCCGCAAGAACAAGACCCUCUGGCUGGCAGCCAACGUUACCAACUUUACCUCCCCUGUCACUGAGUUCUGGGAGCGCAAUGUCCUGAGCAUCUCCUCUGGGAUCGAGGAUAUAGGGCCCCUGAAGUGGGACCUGGCCCUGUGUCUCCUAGCAGUGUGGGUUAUCUGUUUCUUCUGCAUCUGGAAGGGAGUCAAGUCCACUGGGAAAGUGGUGUAUAUAACAGCGACUUUUCCAUUUGUGAUGUUGAUUGUGCUGUUGGUUCGUGGUGUGACCCUGCCUGGGGCAGCUGAAGGCAUCAAAUUUUACCUUUACCCCAACCUGACCCGCCUACAGGAUCCAGAGGUGUGGAUUGAUGCAGGAACCCAGAUCUUCUUCUCCUAUGCCAUUUGCUUGGGCGCCAUGACAUCGCUGGGGAGCUACAACAAAUACAAAUACAACUGCUACAGGGACUGUUUGCUGCUGGGAGGCCUCAACAGCGGUACCAGUUUUGUGUCUGGCUUCGCAAUAUUUUCCGUCCUGGGCUUCAUGGCACAAGAACAAGGGGUGGACAUUGCCGAUGUGGCAGAGUCAGGUCCGGGCUUGGCCUUCAUCGCCUACCCAAAAGCUGUGUCCAUGAUGCCGCUGCCAACCCUCUGGGCCAUCCUCUUCUUCAUCAUGCUGCUGCUUCUGGGCCUCGACAGCCAGUUUGUUGAAGUGGAAGGACAGAUCACCUCUAUUGUGGAUCUGUAUCCAUCUCUCCUCAGGAAGGGUUACCGGAGAGAGAUCUUUAUAGCUGUGAUGUGUUCCAUAAGCUAUCUCCUGGGACUCGCCAUGGUAACAAAAGGUGGCAUGUAUGUGUUUCAGCUCUUUGACUACUAUGCAGCCAGUGGUGUGUGCCUUUUGUGGGUUGCAUUCUUUGAAUGCAUUGCUGUAGCCUGGGUUUAUGGAGUUGAUAAUUUCUACGACGGAGUUGAGGAUAUGAUUGGCUACAGACCAAACGCAUGGAUGAAAUGGAGCUGGACCAUAAUCACUCCUGUACUUUGCAUGGGCUGCUUUGUCUUCUCCCUGGUGAAGUAUAAGCCCUUGACCUAUAACAAGGUGUAUGAGUACCCAGACUGGGCCAUCGGUCUGGGCUGGUGUUUGGCCCUGUCCUCCAUGAUCUGCAUCCCAAUGGUGAUGGUCAUCAAGAUCUUACAGUCUGAGGGACCCCUGAUCGAGAGGAUCAAAGCAGUGGCAGCCCCGGCAAAGUCAGGCGUGAGCUCCCGCCCGAAAGAGUACAACUUGAAGGGCAGCGAGCUGACACAGCCCCUGGACCCAAAUGGGAACAAUGGCUUGAUCAAGCCCACCCACACCAUUGUAGAAACAAUGAUGUGAGCGCUCUCUGUGAGAGGAAUAAGAUUGAUGUGCUUUCUGUGUUAUUAUCAUACUUGCUAACUUUGAUAAUGGUAGGUUUACAUUGUCCAAUAUAUUCACGUUAGAGAUACUCUGGUUUGAUUUCUAUGAAGAGAGUUAUAUAUUGUUGUUGUAAUUUUUUUCUCUUGUAAUUUUUUUUCUUUCUUUUUUUUUUUUUUUCAUUUUUUACUAUAUCGAUAUUGUUGAUGUUACAAUUAUUGUUGCUGUAGUUGGCACUGAUCUCAGUUUAGGCAGUAUUUUAAGAUAGAACAUGUUCAAUGUUUACUACCUUUCUGUUGAUUCCUGGAGACAUGAGGAAUUUGCUUUUUUUUUUGGGUGUAACAGAAGAAAAGAUGAAAUUCUCAAUUCUCAUAAAUUCUGUAAACUAAACAAAUAGUUAACCUUGCAAGAAACGUCUAAACACCCUCAUGUGAUUGUGGCAGUCUUGUUGCCCAAGCUAACCUCUAAUCUAUUGGUGUUGUUUAUCCCGCAGUGAAAUAUGAAUGUACCUCCGCUAGUGGCGGAAGCGAGCCACCCACAUAUCUUACUUUGUUUGACAUCCUUUAAGUUACAAGUUCAACAAGGCCUUGGCCAAAUACUGUGAGAAAUGCAUUCAUAAGAAGAUACAUCCUAGACACAGCCGAGACAAAAUAAUAAAGAAGAACAGCUAAGGAGAAUAAGAAAAUGGGAAGUGGCAUUUUUAGAGUAUUUGUACACUGCCUGUGUGACUACUAUAGUCAGUCCCAGUGCAUUUAUUGAAACCUCUCUUUGCACUUUAUAUGUCGUUUCACCUUUAUUGUAGUAUUUGUUGUUAUUGUUGCAAGGUAUUGCAGUUACAUUUGCAACACAUUUCAGGAGGAAAUAUUUUUAGCUUCUAACUUUUUGAUAUUGUAAACUUUGAUAUACAGUAUCUAGUUGUCUCCAUGCUAAGACAAUGACAAAAUAGAGUAGAAAUUUGACAUUGAAUAUUCUGACUUAUAAUUAGCAGUAGGACCUGUGAGAACAUCACCUAAAGUAAAAACAAUAUUUUAUUUUCUGAACAUCCUGACAGCUCUCUCCAUUGUGCUCAUUUCAGUAGCAGAACUACCACUGGAUUCUAGUUUCUAAUGUUCACUUUAGACAUUUGUAUGUAGAUUUUGAAUUGUUUGUAAAUCACAUAUGCCUUUUUGUAACAAUUUUAUACUGUACAUCAUAUGAACACCAUGCACCACUGAUUAAUUAUUUUCCUGAAAACUCUGCAAUUUCUUUUCUAAAUAUUAAUUACAUUGUGAGCGUGGAUUACAUUUUUCAGUGUGCAAUAUUCAUUGAAGCAAUGGCAUUCUCAGCUCGAUAAAAACGCAUCAACAAAUUUAAAGUAAAUUUUAUGUUUAUUCAUGAAACAACUCGCACAGUUUAAUGUAAAGUCUGAGGGAAUUGCUAUAGUGAAGCAUGUGCAGGAGUCACCAUAUUACUGUGCUGCUUUGUCCAUAAAAACCUUGUGUUUGGAAAAUCAAGUGUACCAAAGUAUUUUUGUCUCACAGUUGUCCCCUUUGAGAUGCACAUUGCAUCAUUCAAUAGAGAUUACAAAUAAACAUCUUUUUCUUUGGA